AUGAAGGCCACUUUCGUUGUUUCCGCCAUGCUUGCCAGCCUUGCCAUGGCUUCUCCCGCCCAGCCCCAGCCUGCCCCUGCUUGCAAGGUCGACAACGACUGCAAGCCCAACGAGCAGUGCAGCAACGUUGGCCAGUGCAUUCCCAACAAGGCCACUCGCGAUGCUCCUCUAGCUAAGGUUGGUCAGGCCUGCCACUCCACUGGCGACUGUGUCAAGGGACUGGUCUGCGACCAGGACAAGAACACCUGCGAUGCCCCCAACACUCACAACAAGCGUGGUGACACUCUCUCCCAGAUGGGUCAGGACUGCAAGACCACCAAGGACUGUGUGAAGGGUUUCGUCUGUGACGAGGUCAAGCAGACUUGUGACGCUCCUAACAACAAGCGUGAUGGCCUCGCCCCUCAGCCCCAGCAGUGCAAGUCUACUGGUGACUGCGCCAAGGACCAGGUCUGUGAUCAAGACAAGAAUGUCUGUGUUGCUCCCAACAACAAGCGUGAUGGUCCCGCUCCUCAGUCCCAGCAGUGCAAGUCCACCGGUGACUGCGCCAAGGACCAGGUUUGCGACGAGCACAAAAACGUCUGUGUUGCUCCCAACAACAAGCGUGAUGGCCCCGCUCCUCAGCCCCAGCAGUGCAAGUCUACUGGUGACUGCGCCAAGGACCAGGUCUGUGAUCAAGACAAGAAUGUCUGUGUUGCUCCCAACAACAAGCGUGAUGGUCCCGCUCCUCAGUCCCAGCAGUGCAAGUCCACUGGUGACUGCGCCAAGGACCAGGUUUGCGACGAGAACAAGAAUGUCUGUGUUGCUCCCAACAACAAGCGUUCCGAGGGUGACGACAAGUGCCAGACUGACGACGACUGCUCCAAGCAGGACACUUGCCAGAUUAUCAACGGCAACAAGGUCUGCGCUGCUCCCCAGCCUAACCCCUCCAACUAA